AUGUCUCAUUCAUGUCAGCUGCCAACAGCAGACACAAUUUUCAUGGAACAUUCCAUCACUGCUGUUGAUAACCACAAUAAUGAAUUCAAUUCAGGUCCAGUCACACCUUUCUCCCUAACUGAAAUGACUCACCAUGAUUCUCAUUGGAAUCAUCAUCAAGAUUGCAAGAUUCCAAGAAUUAUUCCGUCCCUUGACAGUAUCGAAGAAAAUUUUCAACAACAACAGAAAGAAGAAAUAUUGACAAUGUCGAUUCCAACAUUUUCUCUUCUUCAUCAUGCAGAGAGUAGAUACUUUCAUCCACGCAAACAACACAACAACUCGUUAUUACAUGAAUCUCUCAUUCUCUCCAUCGUUUUUGAAUUUUAUUUCGGAACAUUGAAGCAACGACAAGAACUUGCAACUUGUCGUCGUGGUGAGAGAUUAGGAUCGAUCCUAACAACGGACAGCACACAAGCUUCAUCCAAUGACACAAUGUCGUUUUUACUCCUUCACGAAAUGUUGUCCCUUCGUUUGGUCUGUAAAUCGUGGAAAUAUUUUCUUGAAAAGGAAUCGAAAAUCAUUCAUCGUGUUGCCAUUCCAUUAAUUCAUGAAAGAAUUCGACAACGUUAUGAUAUUAAGCCAAUGCCAUCUCAACAACAGCUCUUGUUGAGCAAGAGAGUCUUAAUGGAGGAGAAAUCCAGCCAGCAAGACACUCCUCUCUCAGUACAAUGA